GAUAAUGUUAAGUCGAUCUCGACAACAUACAAUUCUAGUAAAUCCCUAUAGAAAUUUUGCAGUUUUUCCAACAUGAAUUUUCACAUAAUAUGGCUUUGUGUCCUGAUGCGAAGCUGCUUCACUGCAGCAGAUGCCACCGACUUUGCAGAGAGUAGCAACCAGGUUUUAACAUGUAUGACACUUCGGUACACUACAGCUAAGUACAGGAAAUAUUGUGUUUCCGACCACCGGCAUGCAGACGUGGAGUAUCCAGAUUUACAGUUAUCCAUUCCUCAAUCCGAAGAUUGCCAAAACAGAGUUUUUCAUCUAAGAACGAUUCUAGGCAACCAAUACUACAUUAGUUGGUUAGCGGGUGUUCCAGAGAAAAGCUGGAUCGACGCCAGGAAUUUCUGCAGAGAAAUGUGCAUGGAAUUAAUAGCAUUAGAAUCUGUGGCAGAAAAUGCGUGGCUGAAGCGAUUAAUGAGCGAAAUGCAGAUUAAAGAAGUGUGGACCGCGGGGCGAUUCUGCGACUUUAAGGGCUGCGAGUUCACAAAAACUCCGCAAGUCUGGCCCAGACAAGUAAGGGGAUGGUUCUGGGCGGGUACCCAUACAAGACUAGGUCCAUUUGUCGACACAAUCACAACAGAUUGGGCGCAUGAACCAGGGAAAUUUCGCCAACCAGAUGGCAAGUCGUACAACGCCAGUGGAAAAGACGAAUCCUGUUUGGCCAUGAUAAAUAAACCACAUGUGAAAGGAACUCACUGGCACGAUGAGGAAUGCAGCCUGCGUAAACCCUUCAUCUGUGAAGAGAGCGACAUACUGCUGAGACAUGUGGAGGACGGUUACUUUGACUAUGAAGAAAACUCCUAGCACGGUCUUUGAGUGAUUACAAUCACCUCCCAUGCCUCUCAACUCCACACACGCCACAGUAUGCAUACGUCGAGUUAGGCGACAAACAUCUGCCAGCAUUCGAUUUUGCUGUCCGGCGAAAUGGGGAUUUAUUGAUGAAUUAAUCUCUGAAUGGACUAAAGCCUACUAUUACAAUAUCACGUAUGCGGCCCAUGCAUGUAUACAGGGUAUACUCGGAAUUUAAUAGAAGGCAGAAAAGCGCAGUGACUGUGCCCUGUGUACAUAUACUUGGGCCAAAUUAGGUGCAUGAAAUCGCAGCUAUUUUCAAAUUAAAUUAGUCGCU